CCCCUCCCUCCCUCUCUCCGGCAGCAGCUCCGCUCUCUGCGAUCCGCCCCGGCAGCCUCACGCCGGGGCUGGGGCUGCCCGGGAGCUGUCUGCCCAUCCUGCCGUGUCCUGCCAUCCCUGCCCAUCCCUGCCGAUCCCUGCCAGCCCUGCCCGGACCCCAAAAGUUGUGCGGAGCGCCGAGGAUGGGAGCGCAUCUGCAGCCGCUCGCCCUGCGGCUCCUGGCGCUCACUUUCCCCUUGGUGGCCAAGGGCUUUCCCGACGAAACCUUGGAGAAAGCCGCCAAGUCCGAGGGAUAUUGCAGCCGGAUCCUGCGAGCCCAAGGCACCAGGAGGGAAGGGUACAAUGAAUUCAGCCUCAGGGUGGAGGGCGACCCGGAAUUUUACAAGCCUGGGAGCAGUUACCGGGUGACCCUCUCUGCUGCCACCCCUGCCUACUUCAGAGGGUUCACACUCAUCGCCCUCAAGGAGGGGAAGGAAGGGGACAAGGAGGAAGACCAUGCAGGAUCCUUCCAGAUCAUAGAUGAGGAAGAAACCCAGUUCAUGAGCAAUUGUCCUGUUGCUGUCACUGAGAGCACACCAAGGAGGAGGACAAGGAUCCAGGUUUUUUGGACAGCUCCUCCCUCUGGGACAGGCUGUGUCAUCCUGAAAGCCAGUAUUGUGCAGAAGCGCAUAAUUUAUUUUCAAGACGAGGGUUCUCUCACCAAAAAAAUUUGUGAACAAGACUCAGCCUCAGAAGGAGUGACUGACAAACCAAUUUUGGACUGCUGUGCCUGUGGUACUGCCAAGUACAGGCUGACUUUCUAUGGCAACUGGUCAGAAAAAACACAUCCCAAGGAUUUCCCACGACGCACCAACCACUGGUCUGCCAUCAUUGGCAGCUCCCACUCCAAGAACUACAUCCUGUGGGAAUAUGGGGGAUAUGCCAGUGAAGGUGUCAAGCAGGUUGCAGAGCUGGGCUCCCCAGUGAAGAUGGAAGAAGAAAUUCGACAGCAGAGUGAUGAGGUUCUGACAGUCAUCAAAGCCAAGGCACAGUGGCCAGCCUGGCAACCUCUGAAUGUGAGAGCUGCUCCCUCUGCCGAGUUCUCCGUGGAUCGCCACAGGCACCUGAUGUCCUUCCUCACCAUGCUGGGCCCCAGCCCCGACUGGAACGUGGGGCUCUCUGCCGAGGAUCUCUGCACCAAGGACUGUGGCUGGGUCCAGAAAGUCGUGCAGGAUUUGAUCCCCUGGGAUGCUGGCACCGACAGUGGUGUCACCUAUGAGUCUCCUAACAAACCUACAGUGCCUCAGGAGAAGAUCAGACCUCUUACAAGCUUAGAUCAUCCUCAAAGCCCAUUCUAUGAUCCAGAAGGAGGAUCUAUCAAGCUGGUGGCCAGAGUUGUCAUUGAGAGAAUUGCACGAAAGGGGGAGCAGUGCAAUAUCGUUCCUGAUAACAUAGAUGAUAUUGUGGCAGAUCUAGCACCAGAGGAAAAAGAAGAAGAUGAUACCCCUGAGACUUGCAUAUACUCAAACUGGUCCCCAUGGUCAGCCUGCAGCUCCUCUACCUGUGAAAAGGGCAAGAGGAUGAGGCAGAGGAUGCUGAAAGCCCAGCUGGACCUCAGUGUGCCCUGCCCAGACACCCAGGACUUCCAGCCCUGCAUGGGUCCAGGCUGCAGUGAUGAAGAUGGCUCUACCUGCAUGAUGUCAGACUGGAUUACCUGGUCCCCCUGCAGCGUGUCCUGCGGGAUGGGCACCAGAUCCAGGGAGAGAUAUGUCAAGCAGUUCCCUGAGGAUGGCUCCAUGUGCAAGGUGCCCACUGAGGAGACUGAGAAGUGUGUUGUCAAUGAGGAAUGCUCUCCCAGCAGCUGCCUGGUGACCGAGUGGGGGGAGUGGGACGAGUGCAGUGCCAGCUGUGGCACAGGCAUGAAGAGGAGGCACAGGAUGAUCAAGAUGACUCCUGCUGAUGGAUCCAUGUGCAAGGCAGAGACCACUGAGGCAGAGAAGUGCAUGAUGCCCGAGUGCCAUACCAUCCCCUGCCUGCUCUCUCCCUGGUCUGAGUGGAGUGACUGCAGUGUGACCUGUGGGAAGGGGAUGAGAACAAGGCAGAGGAUGCUGAAAUCUGCUGCUGAGCUGGGAGACUGCAACGAGGAGCUGGAGCAAGCAGAGAAGUGCAUGCUGCCAGAAUGCCCCAUCGACUGUGAGCUGACAGAAUGGUCCCAGUGGUCUGAGUGCAACACCUCCUGUGGCAAGGGCCACAUGAUCAGGACCAGGAUGAUUAAAAUAGAGCCCCAGUUUGGGGGAGCAGCCUGCCCUGAGACUGUGCAGCGUGCAAAGUGCAGAGUGAGGAAGUGCCUGAGGGGAGCAGGGAUGGAGAAGAGGCGCUGGAAGGAGGCCAGGGAGAAGAGGAGGAGCGAGCAGGCAAAGAAGAAUUUGGACAGUGAGCAAUACCCAGUUUGUAGGCUGAAACCAUGGACUGCUUGGACAGAAUGCUCUACCCUGUGUGGAGGUGGGAUUCAGGAGCGCUACAUGCUGGUGAAGAAGAGAUCCAAAAGCUCUCAGUUCACCAGCUGCAAAGACAAAAAGGAGCUAAGAGCAUGUAAUGUCCAUCCUUGUUAACAAAACACAAGGUUCCAAGUGAUGCACUCUGAGCUAAAUGGAAAGUCAACCUUGGUUUGUUUUUUUACAACAACAAAAUAUAAAGUGUAUAUUAGUUUUCUUUUUUUUGCAGUGUGGUUUGCUUUUUAGUCUUGCUGGUGCAAGAAAAAUAUUUUAUAAAUAUUUCCUCACGGAUUUAUGCUGAGAGUAAGUCUUUGGUUACUCCAGCCAGCCCUUGAUGCAUAAAAAUAGUAAAGUCAUGGUGAGUUAUUUAACUAAAAUACAGACACAUCUGUGGACAUGGAAUAGCCAUACAGAAAUACCACUUGUAAAGACAUGGGAUGCAUGCAUAUUAACAAAACUAAGUUAUAGUGGCAGAAGGUCUCAUCUGUGGGAGGAUUUCUCUCUAGAUUUGAUUUUGAAAAUCCAAAGCAGUGCCUCUGUGAUUACACAACUAUGCCAAGGAGUAAUUUCAGUAAUGCUGGUUCUAUAACAUUAAAGGUGCAUGUUUAUCUUUUUACACUCUUGGGUUAAGCUGAUAGUUAUUAUAAUAAUAAAAACUAUAAUCCUAAACACUUCUAUUCACAUGGAUGUUGUGGUCCAUGCAAGAAGGUCUUUUUUUCUUCCAAACUUAAAAAAGGAAAUAAUUUUUGCAGCUCAAUGGUCAUAUCUGACCAGCACACAAUCACAUGAAGAAAACAGGCAAAUGUCAUAAUAUGUGUACAGUCCACCAUUGCCUGUCAAAAUGGACACAGAACUAGAAGAAACUGGUCCAGAGUGUUGCAGCAGCUGUGCCAAGGAUGUCUGCCACAUGAGAGACACUAAAAAAUUAGAUUCAGUUUCACAGGUGAAGAGGGAGACAGGUUUAUAUUAAAACAAAAAUGAUAGAGGAAAGGUGAGCCAGGAUUUAUUGCAUCCCUUAAAACUGAAAUGAGCCUCUGAAAGGAAACAAUGACAGUCUUUAAGAAAAGCUGAUUAUAGAUUGGCACAAGAUACAGAAUACUGUUAAUGUUACAGUGUCAUUCAUGUCUUUUUUACUCAGAGUAUAGGGUAAUCUAAAAAUUACUAAAUUUGUGAGAAUUACCCAUUUGUGGAUAUCCUAGCCAGGUUAAAUGCCCUCCCUGACUACUUGAGUGAUUAAAAACCUGCUUUUCUGAGAUUAGAAAAUACCUCCUCUCUCUUCUAAUUGCUAUUUCCCCCUCCUCCUGCAGAAUUUAGCUCCCAUCCUUACAGACAGGUGUAAUCAGGGAGACCCUUGGGCUAUUGGAAUACAAGAUUUUCCUGUAGUUUGGUUUUUCUGUAAUAAUCUAACACCAAGAGGGGAAGGUGAUGGGUUACCUUUUGGUCCAGGCAAGGCAGCACACCCCAAAGUCUCUACAGAAUUAAGAGCAAUGCACUGAAAAUAAAGAUUGUUGAUGCAGACUCUCAAGCUUGAGAGAAGUGAAAGGAGAGAAUUUGUUUUUUUAAUGGUCUCUAAAUCAGCCUUAAGUAAUUUAUUCACUUCCUUAACACUUGGUCACUACCCUGAGGACCUGACAGCUGGGUUUUAAAUGUUGCUGUGCACCACAACCCUCUGAGCUGUUCAUCUUCCCCACCACCAGCACCUGGGGGUCCUUUGUUCCUGAGCAGCUUGCUGGGCUGCUGGCAUCAAUUGUGGGGCUGUUCAUCAGCCACUGAGCACUGCAAGGGCUGCUCAGCACUCCCACAGCCUCAUCCCAAUCCCUCUCAAGGUAUUCCACUGCUUUCUGCACGUUUGGAGUGGAGGAAAGUCCAGGGAAAUAAUGGAGCCCUGUCCUGCUGCUGCUGAAUGAAAUUGUGUGCACACCCAUAGCCAGCCAAACCAGGAGAGAAAAAAAAAAAUACAACAAGAUUUUAAUGCUAAAACCAAACAUUUCACUUAUUGGCUCACCUGAUAAUAUUAAUUCAGAUAGUUUGCCUCCUUUUGCCUGUUCUAAAGCUGUGCAGUUUGUGUCUCUGCAGCACUGCCCUCACAGCAUAGCAGCAAGUCUGUCCCUCACUAAUGCAAUUAGGGACCUUGCAUUUCACUUUUGUGGCCAAAAAUAAAGAAAACCCAACAAAAAAAAAAAACAAAAAAAACCCAAAAAAAACCACAAAAAACCAGUGGAAUGAUACAGGUGCUGGAGGAGUGACCAGCUGAGCAUUUUUUGGGUGAAGAAACUGCAGAGGAGGCCACAGUGAUCAAUGGAAGGGCAGAGCCACAUCCCUGGUGAGCUGGCAGAGGGUGUCCCAGCUGAGCCAUUCACUCAGAAAAGCAAUCUUUGCCCAUAAAAUGUGUGGCAGAGUGCUUUCCAAGGCUUUGAGGGAUCUGUGAGCUGGGGCAGAGGGAGCAGAAGUUUCUCCUGAAUGGAAAAAAAUUUGCUGAGUUCAGGAACCAUGUUUAUCUCAUCAACACUCAGCACUUGUUCCAGCUCAUCUUGCAGAACCUGUUUCAGCAAAUAAUCAGUGAAACCCAGUCUUGUAUUUUCAUUUUCACAUUUGUUCCAGUUCAUCAAGCUGUUUUGUCUACUAAAUACUCCCUUUGCCAAAGUCCAUAGUCCAAGGACACUUACAGAAAACAUACAGCACCUUUCUGAACACGCUCACAAAAUUGUCCAUUAAAACAAUCUGGAUUCUUUUCUCCUUGCUUCUCACUAAUUUGAUUCUCCACAUCCUUUUUUUUUUUUUUUUUUUUUUUUUUUCCUUUAUUCUAUCUCUCCUAGAAGCCUGUCCAGUGUGAUUUCCAGUCAUUUCUCUUGGGCUCAUUAAAGUUCUGAAUGUUGCAAAUUGCUUUUUUCCCCACUUUGUUAAUGGAUGAAUGGCAAGGUAACUGCACCAGGUCAGAAAUGUGUGACCACUCCUGCUUAUGUUCAGCUCUUCACACUUGUUUUUCUGUUGAAGCAUUUUACAGAUCACUUGCCUUUCUUCUGACUUGAUACAAGAGAAACACUUAGGCUUGUUACAUUUUGUAAAAAAAAAAUAAAAAAAAUAAACAUGAACAAAAACAGAGUAAGAAAAAAAAGAGGUUGAUUUUCUAUUCAGAAAAAAAAUAAAGAAAAAGCUCUGACAUACAAUAUGUAGAAGUCUUGCAUUGUUACUGUAAACUUUCCAGUAGUGUAAUAGGCACUGGUUACCAGUCAUUGAAAAUAAGAACUGGUAUUGUUCUGAUGUCCUGAAUAAUCCUGCUGAACUCAAAGCACAGAUGUCACACCAGUUUUGUAGACCUCAACGACCAGAUCUUAGCAUUGUGCAUACUUUUUUUUUUUUUUUUUUUUAAUAUACAAACGAUAGAAUCUUUACACAUAAUAAAAAAGAAAAUUUAGGGGCUUAACAAAUGUACAGUAGGACUCUGUUUGUGCAACACAUGAGUUAAAGUUUUGUUUGAUUUCAUUUUUAGAUUUCCUUUGUUGUUUUUAUUUGCUGUGGAAUUAUGAAAAAGCUACCAUGAACAUUUCUUACCAAAGUCUUGUGUAGAUGUUUUGUAACUGUCUGCCUAACACAUUAUUAUUAUAAUUAUUAUUAUUAUUAUUUUGGAAUAAAGACAUCUUUACUAUGA